AUGCUGAACUUCGUAAACGCCGAGCCGCUGAUAACACUGGAGAAUGGGGAAAAGCCGUUCCUUUGCGCGUGCGGUGUAUCAUUUUCCGCUGAGGCUACUCUCAAUGCCCACCAACAACAUUACUGCAAAUUGUCUGCGCGGCAGAAUGACGGCCCCGGUUCCUCUUCUCGCGAUUCGCCGAGAAAGGUGCCCUCGCGUUGUUCCCAAUGUGACUACCAGCCAAAUUCGGCCUCUCAACUCUCCGUGCAUAUGCGGCAAGCGCAUGCGGAUGUACAGGCGUAUGUUUGUAGAGAGUGCGGGUACCGAGGCUUCUCGCCGCGCGGUAUCAGAGCUCACAUGCGUACCCACACUAACCUAGAAGACGUCAACGCCUAUUUUGCUAUCACAAGUCAACUAGGCGUGGGCAGUGCUUCGUUUGAAGACUUACUGAAUAAUCAUGUCAUCAAGGUAUCACACAAUGGCCGCACCGCAUCCACCUCCAGUGACGUGUCCGAGCAGGCCAAUCCCAUGCCCGACAAUCAGAUCAAAACCGAGCCGUUUGCCCGAUCGCUCAACCUGUCCCAAUUC